AUGAUUAUAUUAUGCACCAAGUUGCUAUAUAAAGGGAAAUAUAUCCCCGUUGGUAGAAGGGUAUUCAGAGAAAAGUUAAUAACUGGGAGAAAACAAAAAUCACCCAUCAUUUUGUUACCUCCGUAUAUAUCAAUACAUGAGCUUCGAUUGAUGUUGAAUAUAAACUAUGAGACCUGUUUCAAAGCUGCAAAUGUGUACAAGAGUGGAAAUAAAUAUAGAUGGAAGGACUCAGAGGAUAGGACUUUCGAAACGGUAAACAAAAGGAACGUAAUUAUCCCCUAUAGUACUGCUGCAUAUGUUAGUAAAAUUUUUAAAUUUAAGCCUAGACUUAUUCAGGUGGAAUUAUUAUGUGAGGAAGAAAAAAAAAACAUUCAGACUCUUAAGGAUGUAUACCGAAAGGUCUAUUUAGCGGAGGAGUACUAUGUAAAUACUUUGAAGCUGAGACAAGAUUCAUCCUUGGGAACAUCAUCAGGUCUGACAUUGAAUACAGAUGAACCGUGCAGUAUAAGAAGUUGUAAUAAAUUCAGAGACAAACAAAAUACACAAUGUAAUUUCGAUAUGCCGAUAUUACCUCCAAACGAGGAAAGCAACUCACAUGAUGAAAAAAAAAAAAAUUAUUAUACCGUCGUGUCUGUAAUAGGACAUAUAAAUCAUGGGAAAACUACAUUACUCGACAAAAUCACAAACAAUAAUUUAGCAAUACGUGAAGCUGGUUGUAUUACACAAAAUAUAAAACCUAUACAUUUCGAACAUGGGCCAUUCAAGUUUACUUUUCUUGACACCCCUGGGCAUAAAGUUUUUCAGAUUUUCAGAGGAAGAGCAGCUUUUCUCUCAGAUGUACUAAUCAUAUUAAUUUCAUUAGAAGUAGGAGCAGAAAUACAAACAGAAGAAGCAAUUAAAUAUGCUGACAAAUUUAGCAUACCAGUUAUUUUUGUUUUAAACAAAGCAGAUAUAUACAGAGAGAAUGAAUCCAUUGUGAAAGCGGAAUUAAAAAAUCAGUGCACUAAAAUGUUUGACGAUGGAAAUUUAAACCAUAAUUUUUCAAGAGAAAUUGAUAACUCUAUAGUCAUAUCAUCACUAACUGGUUACAAUUUGGACAAGUUAAUCAACAGAAUAUUUUUCAUAUCUCAUUAUAUUAAUUUGCCUUAUCACAAUUCGAACAGCUUUUACAACAGCUAUGAGACUCCAAGGGACAGCAGCACUCGUAAUACUGGCCGUGUAAGCUAUCUUAUUGAAGACAAAGUUAAUGAUAAAACCACAUGUGGUUAUUAUUUCAGAGAUGGGAACAAUUUUCGUGAGAAUCAUGAAAGAGGAGAAGAUAUACUUGAUGGAGGACAUCAAAGCAUGUAUGGGGUAGACAAAACCAAAGAAAAAAGAAAAUUCGAUUUGAACUUGCUACAAAAGUAUAUUAGAAAAUCUGAUUGCCUACUAGCUUUAGAUAAGAGCCCAAUUGGCAUGGGUAUGGUGGUAGAUGUAAGUAAAGAUUCAAGUAAGGGAACAAUACUUCAUAUCAUUGUACGAAAUGGUUUCUUCAUUGAAGGAAGUUAUUUUAUAUGCGGUUCAGCAUAUGGGAAAAUUCAGAAAAUGUAUAAAUUUAAUAGUAACUUCAAAGAUUGCUGCAGUUAUGCUACAAUCGGGAUGGCUGUUCUAAUCAGUGGAAUAAAAAAAUAUGGAAAUGCUACAACGGAUGAUUUAAUUUUUACCCUACCACAGAAUAAUGCAUUUAGAUUAUGUCAGUACAGACUUAUGGUAGAAAAAUUAUCCACAUUACAGGUUAGUGGUAAAGAAAUUAAAGUUUCCUGGGAGAAUGAUAUGAAAAAAAAUGAAUUUCAUGGAGAAGAUAUAUAUGAACAUAGACUAGCUAUGUCUGAAAAAAGAAAAGCUAUCGAAGAAUUUGGUGUAGAAAAAGACAAAAUAUUUGAAGACGUAUCUCUACAGGAAUUUCAUAAGAGUAACACCCAACGACGGAAAGACGAAACAAAUGAAUCCAUAAUAAUCCAACUAGAAGAAGAAAACAAAAACGAAGACAUAAUAAGUAAUAAAAAAAAAAAAAUACAAACUAUCCUUUCGCAAUGUAACUCAAAUGAAAGCAUUUUAGUACCAGAAGAAAAUACUUUUUCUUUUUUUGAAAAUCAAAAAGAGGGAGAGCACAUCUCUGUAUUUUCUAAUAUCUACCAGGGGAAUAAUAACGAAUCCCAUUGUAGUAAUGCACAAAAAAAUAAUGAACUAAACAACUCAAGCAAUUCACUAAAUCCUAUUCUAUUAGCACAUGGAAAAUGUGACUUACGAAAUGAUAUCAUUGGCGAAACUGAUAAUAAUUUUCUUAGAAAACCUGGGCACACACAAUUCGAUGCAACCUCUGAUUAUACCACCGUUCAAAAAUGUACGGCAACAGAAAAUAAUUUUGCAGAACGAUUAGAACAUAAGGUGCUUAAAGAGAAAGAAAAGACACACUCCAAUUUUUCUCUUCAUUCAAUUGGUAGAAGAAGUAGAAUUAGACAGUCUUCAGAUUCCGGUGCACCGAAUGACACGUUAGCGAAUGAGGAAAACUCGCAAAAAUGGAAAUCAUCGAAGGACCCGCAAGGGGAAGAGCACGAAGAAAAGAAAAAAUUAAACACCCCAUGGUACUACGAAGAAAGCGAAGAAACAUGGGCAAAAAAGGUCCUCCAAAGAAAUGACGAACUCAUGGAAACUUGGAGAAACAAAACAAGGCAAAGGGAAAUCGAAAAAGAGAGACAAGUUUUUUACGAAAAACAAAUGAUUCUAAAAAAUGAAAUUUUAAAAAGAAACCUGUUGGGGGAAGAAAAAUUAACGCAAGAAGAGAUUAAUGCAUAUCUUUUUGAUGAAAAAGAAAACCAUAUAAACAGCUCCGAAUCACCAGAUACGCAGGAGCAAAUGGAAUUGCCAAAAAAAAACUGCCCAGUGAUACCUAUCAUAAUAAGAACAAACUAUGUUGGAAUGUUUGACAUAUUUUUGGAUGAAUUUGAAAAACUGCAAAAAAUAUAUAAUGUUAAAAUAUCAGUGGUUCAUGGUGGUAUAGGACCUAUAACCCCUAACGAUGUAGUGCAUGCAGAAGUAGAAAGUAAUUAUGGAUAUUGCUGUAUUUACGCUUUUCAGGUUAAAGUAUUGCCUGACUCGGUAAAACAAUCAGUACUCUCGAACAUUGUAAUAAAACAGUUUGAUGUUUUCACCGACCUAAUAAAUGACGUUGUAAACAGAAUUAAAAAUAUAAAAGCAUUAAUUGUCCACAAUACGUAUGUAAGGAGUCUGAAAAAUGAAAGAACACAGGAGGGACUAUAA